AAACUUCUGUUUAUUAUAAUCUUAAAAUGAAGAGUUAAAACGGAAGUGGAGUUGGAUGAAACGGUGAGUUCUGUUAAGAAAACGAACUGCGGUGGCGAAGGAGGCGCGUGGGUGAGGUGGAAAGGAAAAUGACGUUAUUUGUUAGAGAGACUCCACCUCUACCUCUUCUUUUAGGCUUUCACUCCUUCACGUAACACUUAAAUAUUAACAAAAAGCCCUUUUCAAUUUCCAAAAUCUAUGUCACUCCUUGUAAUGCUCCUCACAUCACACCCAAAUUCUACUCACCCCGUACCAAACCCAACCCCGUUCUCAUUCUUAUUCUUUCCCUUAUUUCUAGGACUACACACCCGUUCCAACUCAACACCACCCUUAACACCACUUCAAAACGACCCUACUACCCUAAAACCUCUUCAAGUACUCGCGCUUUUUUCAAUCUUCAUCCAUUCUUCCCACACUCUUCAAGAUUCCACAACAACCUCUCACGGGGUUCCCAUUCUUGCGUAAAGUCUCGAUCUUUCGCCCAUGUCGAACAGGGUCAUGCACCGGCCGUCGAACCGGCACCAGCCCCUGUUGCAGCGGCAGCCGUCAAAGCUGGCGACUCGAGUGGGGGAGGUGGUCGGGGGCACGGCGGCGGAGUGCGUUGCGGUGUGCUGCUGCGUCCCCUGCGGCGUGGCGAAUUUCCUGGUGCUCGCAAUCUACAAGGUGCCGGCGGCCUUGUGCCGGCGAAUGCUGAAGGAAAGGCGGCACCGGAAGAUUGCCAAGGAGGGGUUGCUGAGACCCACGCGCCGCCACUGCUCGUGCGGGUGCUGCGAGGACGUUACCGGUGCGCGGAUAUUCCCCAUGUGCGCCAACGACGCGUUUGACAUCGAACACCUCCACUCGUCGGAGCCCGACAGUGACGACGACACACUCGCUCUGGAGAAAGAGAUGUGGGACCAGUUUUACAACACCGGCUUUUGGAGAAGCUCUUCUAACAGAGAACGGAGAGAACCCUCGCAAACGCAAACGCAAACGCAAACGCUCUCUUCCAAUGUCGUUCCCCAACCGAACAUCUUUUCUUGAACCCUCCCUUUACAAUACAAGUACAUACACAAUUUGUAUGCUCAGUUUUUUUCAUUUACGUUAAUGACAAUGCAACUCUUCUCUUGCGAUAGUUAUCUAGUUUUUUCGAGACUUUUUUUUUAUGUGUGUGUCGCGUUUCAGGUCGUGUGAAAUUCUGUGGCAGGUUUCGUUUGUGCAAAGUAUUGUCAAGUUUCAGAUGAUGGUGCGCAAGAUUUUGUGGUGCCAGUCGGUAAUUUUUGGUUGAAAUUCCUGAUGGAAGUUGUGGGCAAUUGAAAUUUGUUUGUUGUAGUGUUGUUUAGAGAAGCAGAAGAAAAUGGGUGAAUAGGAGAGAGUAAAUGAUAUAAUUGAUGUGGGGCAUAUGAAGUAUUUGAUUUUACAGUUAUAGGUGUAUGUAUGCAUGGAAGAAGGUAAGAAGAGAAAGAAAUAAUAGAAAGGAUGGAAAGUGCAGGUGGUUCAGAAGCAGGGGGUCCGGGCGUGGUAAAGAAGGACGUUAUGCCAUUUGUCUCCCUUUUAACUUGUCUCCACACAUGGAUACCACGUUUUCUUUGUUCUUCCUAAUUACUCUGACACAUUAUUAUUUUUGAGCGUACUCUCAGAUAAGAAUAAAGCAACUAUACAAACAUAGCUCCAUCACACUUCUUUCUGGAAAUCAUUCACAGAUUCUUUC